AUGAUACCAUGUCGAGUCCGACAGAGAGUCGGUGGAGAAGACAGAAGCAAAAUUCACUGCAAAACAAAAUACUCUCUCUCUCUCUCUAAAAUCCGGAGAUUCUCCGGCAUUAACCUCGCCGGAAAUGUCUUAACUCCGGAAACCUGUCAGCCUGCGCUAUUUCUGUUAUCUGACUCGAGCUCCUUUGCUUUUCGUUACGGUUCUUCGAUCUCGCUUUUGGAAGUGGAGUGUGCAAUACCAGUUAUUGAAAUGAAUGGGAGUCACCAGAAUGGAAAAACCCGCAGUUUUGAGAAAACUUUUCCAGGGUGCUUGGGAAGAAUGGUGAACUUCUUUGACCUGAAUGGUGCGGUGGCCGGAAACAGGCUGCUCACUGAUAAACCGCAUCGAGAUGGUUCACCACUCUCGAGAAGCCGAGUAGAUGAAGCAUUGAUGUCUCCAUCUAAUUACCAAAUAGAUGACAAAGCGAUUGUGCCUGAACUCCACAGAACUGGUUCAAACAGAAAAUCAAAUGAAACACCCAUAAAGAUGCUCAUUGCCCGAGAAAUGUCCAAAGAAGUAGAUUCCAAACACAGUCCGUCUAAUGUAGUUGCUAAGUUGAUGGGUCUUGAUGCCACUCCAUGCCAGGAACCUGAUUCAGCUGCACAACGAAGCCAUUUUAGAGGUCAUCCUCGAAGUCAUUCAGACAUACCGGUGAGUUACUGGGAGCAACAUAAUGGAUUCUUUGAAUAUUUAGAGCCAAAUGAAUGCAGUGAUAUUUAUGAAAUACGUAAGAAAUCACAGAAAACAAAUUAUUUGCGAGACAAAUCACCACAGAAGGGAAAAUAUUAUGAAACUAUUAAUGACAAGAAGAUGGCUCUUGUUCGCCAGAAGUUCAUUGAAGCAAAACGCCUGUCUAUGGAUGAAAAACUUCGCCAGUCAAAGCAAUUCCAAGAUGCCUUAGAAGUUUUAAAUUCCAAUAAAGACUUAUUUCUUAGGUGUCUGCAAGAACCAAAUUCAAUGUUUUCUCAGAAUCUAUACAAUCUGCAGUCUAUCCCUCCUCCUGAGACAAAUCGAAUUACCAUUCUUAGACCUUCAAAGUUGGUGGACUGUAACAAUUUUGCUGCAGUUGGGAAUAAAGAUGGAAAACAGGUGAAGAAAGGUGGAUUGGAAAAAGGCCAUCUGAGAUGCUCCCCUCCGGCGGGACUGUAUGUUGACGAAACUCCCACUCAACCAACUCGAAUAGUAGUUCUGAAGCCAAGCUCAGUGAGACCACAUGAUACUAAGUCUGUUGAUUCUCCACGGUCAGAAUCACCAAGGAUAGUACAUGGUGAAGGCUUUUUUGGUGAUGUAGAAGAUGACGAGAAAAGAGAAUCAAAAGAAGUUGCAAAAUCAAUCACACAGCAGAUGCGUGAAACGCUCCAUAGAGAGGGUAAUCUCUGCGAUGCAGAAGUCAUAUCACCAGCAUGUAGGCACUCUUGGGAUUAUGUUAAUAGGUUUGGUAGCCCUUACUCAUCCUCAUUUAGCCGUGCAUCAUAUUCUCCAGAGUCAUCUGUUUGCAGAGAGGCUAAGAAGCGCCUCUCUGAAAGAUGGGCAAUGAUGACAUCUAAUGGGAGCUGUGAAGAACAAAGACCCGUGCGGAGAAGCUCUAGCACAUUGGGUGAAAUGCUUGCUCUUUCUGAGACAAAGAAGGCUGGAACGCCUAAGGAACUAGGUAGCACUAAUGAAGAACCUAGGUGUUCUGAAUCUCUCUUUGUUAGUGAGCAGACAAAGGAUGAAAAUCUGGAUAAUUCUCCUAGGAAUCUCUCGAGGUCAAAAUCCGUUCCUGUAUAUUCUGCUGAGUUUGGCGCCAGGCUCAAUAUAGACAUUCCGGAUCCAAAGGUUUCUAAGGAGGCCAGAAAGACAAGUGGAAAAUCGUCAUUCAGAGGAAAGGUUUCAAGUUUUUUUUUCUCAAGAAACAAAAAACCUAGUAAAGAUAAAUCUGAUUGCAAAGACGAGUCUCGCUCAUCAGGAAUACAUUUUGGGCAAGUAGGCAAAGAUAGAGGUGAACGACUUAAUGAUGAAGUGCCUGAAUGUCUGUCACCUGUAGAGAAGGAUCCAUCAAUUAAAGCAGCUUCCCCAAAUUUAAUUGGCCAGCAGGGUGUGACAUCUCCCAAGAGUGGACAGUCUGUAACAAAAUCUGUUGCACCUGGAAACCGAAGUGAGAACCAGGACCAACCGAGUCCAAUGUCAGUCUUAGAUCCAAAUUUUGAAGAGGAUGAACAUGCGGCACUGCAGUCCUCUAGUUCUAUCAAGCCUGACCGACAUGGAUUUGAGUUGGUGGUUCAUCCUGUUAGAUCAAAUUUGAUUGACAAAUCACCACCCAUAGGAUCUAUUGCCCGGACUCUACCAUCAGAUGAUUUGGUUAUGGAUACAGCCUCGUCAUAUCCCUUAAAAUCAUCCUUACCCUCCCCAGGAGCAGAGGAAGAAGAAUGGUUUUUCUUUGUUCAGACAUUACUAUCAGUGGCUGGACUUGAUGGUGAGGAGCAACCUGACUCAUUCUUGGCUAGAUGGCACUCGCCUGAAAGCCCAUUGGACCCAUCAUUAAGAGACAAGUACAUAGAUUUAAAUGAGAAAGACACACUACAGGAGGCUAAGCGAAGGCAAAAGAGAUCGACCCGUAAACUUGCGUUUGAUUGUGUGAACGCAGCAUUAGUGGACAUUGUGGGAUAUGGACCGGCCUCAUGCCAAAGAGCCAUUCCAUGCAUUGGGGCCAAUAGUAGCUCAUUGGAGAAUGCAUCAUUGAUGAUGGUGGACCAGGUGUGGGCCCGGAUGAAGAUAUGGUUUUCUGGUGAGGCCAGAUGUGUUUCGAUUGGUUAUGAGGACGACAACAGCCUGGUGGUCGAGAGUGUAGUAAGAAAAGAGGUGGUGGGGAAGGGGUGGGAUGAUCAUUUGAGACAGGAGAUGGAUAAUUUAGGAAAGGAAAUUGAAGGGAAGUUGCUAGAAGAGAUUGUGCAAGAUGCUGUGUUGGAAUUGACAGGUAGACUUUGA